CCAAAAUCCAUAUUCAGAACGGGCAGGAAGAGGUUGUCAUUUGUACUUCAUAACUUCUCUGUUAAUGGCAUGCUCAGCGCAACUCGGCGACCCGUAUUUGCGCGUGUAAUCAAAAGUGCUGCCACAUCUUUGAUUUAUUUCUACGAUGGCCGUAACUCCUGCAUUUACAAAAUUGUUAGUGUUUACUGUUGCCACAGUACUAGCUAUUUUUCUGCUGCGGCACUGGAUGGCCACAAAGGACUACGUUUUCAACAAAGAGGACAUCGCCAAAUUGGCCAAACAGUAUGCAGGGCAGGACCAUGAGCAGGCUUUUUCUAAAGUGGUGGUGGAACUCAGGAAAAGGUAUCCUGGCCACAUCCUGCCAGAUGAGGACCUGCAGUGGGUGUUUGUAAAUGCCGGGGGCUGGAUGGGCUCCAUGUGUAUACUCCAUGCCUCAUUCACAGAGUACCUGCUGCUUUUUGGCACUGCAGUGGACACAGGAGGGCACUCAGGUCGGUACUGGGCUGAGAUUUCUGACACCAUCAUAUCUGGAACUUUUCGACAGUGGAAAGAGGGUACAACAAAAAGUGAACUAUACUACCCUGGUGACACAAUAGUUCAUGCUGUUGGGGAAGCCACUUCUGUCCAGUGGAGUGCUGGGACUUGGAUGGUGGAAUAUGGGCGAGGGUUCAUACCCUCCACACUUGGAUUUGCGCUGGCUGACACCAUUUUCAGCACACAGGACUUCCUCACAAUGUUCUAUACCAUGCGUGUCUAUGUAAAGGGCCUAAUGCUUGAGGCUGGUACACUUCUUACAGAGACUGGUGUUUUUUGAGUCACUGCCGAGGCACAGGAACAUGAAUUUUUUUUUGUUAUUAGUCUUCCAACACAGGAGGGCAGUCUGCUGGAUCAAACCAGGUUGAUGCAGUCUACAUUCAAGUUCUUGUCCAUCAUUAAGGCUGUCAAAGGGUAAAGGUUGCAUUGAUUUAUGUGCUGUACUUCUCACAGAUGUUUAACUCCCAAAUCCAUUGUCUCUUUUAAGACCAAGCCUGUUUUUUCUCUUUGAUAAUGCAUUUUCAUUGCUACUCUAUAAUCGUUAGGUUUAUGUAUGCAAUACAUAAACAGGAAUAUCUUCUAUUUUUUUAUUUAGAGUCAAGAAUUGAACCCGUUCGACCUUAUUAAUAGGUCUUAAAUCUAGUUCAUCUUUUUUUUUUUUUUUGUCAGUGUCAGUCAUUGUCAAGCCCUUGUACAUUUCAUUUGGAUGUGAAAUGACAUGUAAAUCUGUUUUUAGCCAUUAAAUAUUGGUACCAAGAAGCCUCUAUGAGUUUGAGGAGCAAUUUCUUUUCUGUAUGUUGGUAAGGGGGUUUUCUCUUUAAAAUUAAUCUUGAGAAAAAUUUGACUUGCCAAACUAAUCACAGACUUUAGGCGGUUUUAAUAGAAUGAGUCUCCCAAACACAGUUGGCUUGCACUGUCUCACUCUGCUUCUGGGGUUUACUGCAGCCAUCUCUUUGGAGGCACCUUGGCACUUUGUUCAUUAUUUGUGGUGAAGACAGUUUAAUUAAUGGGGAUGAUGAGAGGUAUCGUAUUAUGACUGAUUGUUUGAUUGCUGCUUAUCAACUUAAAAAAAGCUUCUAUGCUUCAACGUGUGCACUAACUGGCAGCACCUUCCUCUGAUUGAACUUAAAGCACUUAGUGAUGUUGUUUCCUCCUGUCUAAAUCUGUGUCGUACUUACACUCAGAUGUACAUUGCUUUGGACAAAAGCAUCAGCAAAAUGACAUUGUAACACUGUAAAACUUGCUGUGAAGACAAGCUGUUCUAGGCUCUCUGUUCCUUUUCUUCAUGACCUGUUUGUGACACGUUUUUCAAUAGAAAUCCUUAAAGA